GUCCCUGCAGCAUAGAUGGCCUGGAACAGCUCACCCUUCCCACCGAGGGGAAGAAAGAGGCGAUAUGACCGCAAACAAAGUGGUUAUGGUGGACAGACCAAGCCUAUUUUCCGGAAAAAGGCGAAAACCACCAAGAAGAUUGUGCUAAGAUUGGAGUGUGUGGACUCUAACUGUCGCUCCAAGAGGAUGUUGGCCAUUAAGAGAUGUAAGCACUUUGAGCUUGGUGGAGACAAGAAGAGAAAGGGACAAGUCAUCCAGUUUUAAACUCUACCUGUAGACGGCUUGAAAUAAAAUUUUGUCACAACAAA